AUGGAAUUGAGGGUUGGCGGCCGUUUUCGAUUGGGACGAAAGAUUGGUAGCGGUUCUUUCGGUGAUAUUUAUUUAGGACAAAAUGUUCUUACUCAAGAAGAAGUAGCAAUAAAAUUGGAAUGUGGAAAAACAAAACAUCCUCAGUUGCACAUUGAAUCGCGUCUUUAUAAAAUGAUGAGUGGUGGAACUGGCAUUCCUCAGGUUAAAUGGUGUGGUUCUGAAGGUGAAUAUAAUGUGAUGGUUAUGGAAUUGCUGGGGCCUUCACUCGAAGAUUUAUUUAAUUUUUGUUCUAGGAAAUUCACUCUUAAAACUGUUCUGUUAUUGGCCGAUCAAAUGCUUUGUCGUAUUGAAUAUAUUCAUUCCAAGGAUUUUAUUCACCGUGAUAUAAAGCCGGACAAUUUUCUAAUGGGUUUAGGGAAAAAAGGACACCUUGUUUAUAUAAUUGAUUUUGGUUUGGCCAAGAAAUAUCGUUGUAGUAGAUCACACACCCACAUACCUUAUCGAGAAAAUAAAAAUCUCACUGGAACUGCCCGUUACGCUUCUAUUAAUACACAUCAAGGAAUUGAGCAGAGUAGGAGAGAUGAUGUUGAAUCGCUCGGUUAUGUUUUGAUGUAUUUUAAUCGAGGUGCUCUGCCAUGGCAAGGCCUAAAAGCUGCUACAAAACGACAAAAGUAUGAUAAAAUAUCUGAGAAGAAAAUGGGUACAAGAAUUGAGGAGUUGUGUGCAGGAUAUCCUGAGGCAUUUGCUGCUUAUCUGAAAUAUUGUAAAAAUCUGAGUUUCGAAGAAGCACCUGAUUAUUCAUAUUUGCGUCAAUUAUUCCGCAAUCUUUUUCAUAGACAGGGAUAUACAUAUGAUUAUGUAUUCGACUGGAAUUUGUUGAGGUUUCGUUUUUUUGUUCUACUUUUAUGA